AAAUGGUACUUGUCAAGAUUUCUUUUUCUCUUUUCUCUUUUGUCAUUUGUAAUUUUAUUUCUCCUUGUCGCUCGCUCCUCAGAAUCUGAAGCACUUCUCUCGCUAGACACGCCUGGAUCGUGACUUUGAUCAAACCUGUGUGGGAUUAAAGAUGGCCAUGGUGGAUGAACCCUUGUAUCCCAUCGCUUUGCUCAUUGACGAGCUCAAGAACGAUGAUAUACAGCUCCGCUUGAACUCCAUCCGUCGCCUUUCCACAAUAUCUCGCGCCCUUGGAGAGGAGCGCACGAGGAAAGAGUUAAUCCCCUUCCUGAGUGAGAACAGUGACGAUGACGACGAGGUGCUCCUUGCAAUGGCCGAGGAGCUAGGAGUUUUUAUCCUUUAUGUUGGAGGACUCGAGCACGCGCAUGUGCUUCUCCCUCCUCUUGAAUCUCUCUGCACCGUUGAAGAGACCUCCGUGAGAGAGAAAGCUGUGGACUCGCUUUGCAAGAUUGGUUCUCAGAUGAGGGAAAGUGACCUUGUCGACUCCUUCGUCCCUCUUGUGAAGAUACUUGCAGCUGGUGAAUGGUUUGCAGCGAGAGUUUCCGCGUGUGGUCUGUUUCAUGUUGCGUACCAAGGUUGUACUGAUGUGUUGAAGACAGAGUUAAGGUCUAGUUAUAGCCAGUUGUGCAAAGAUGAUAUGCCUAUGGUGCGAAGAGCUGCUGCUUCUAAUCUGGGGAAGUUUGCUACAACUGUGGAGUCUAGCUAUUUGGUUGGUGAGAUCAUGACUAUGUUCGAUGAUCUUACUAAAGAUGAGCAAGAUUCUGUUAGACUGUUGGCUGUGGAAGGCUGCGCAGCUCUUGGAAAGUUGUUGGAACCCCAGGAGUGUGUUGCACGCAUUUUACCUGUUAUUGUUAAUUUCUCUCAGGAUAAAUCUUGGAGGGUGCGGUACAUGGUUGCUAAUCAGCUGUAUGAACUUUGUGAGGCAGUGGGUCCUGAUUCCACAAGGACGGAUUUGGUUCCAGCAUAUGUGGGACUGCUACGAGACAACGAGGCUGAAGUGCGAAUAGCAGCAGCAGGUAAAGUGACCAAGUUCUGCCAGCUUUUGAAUCCAGAGCUUGUGGUUCAGCACAUCCUUCCUUGUGUCAAGGAAUUAUCAACCGAUUCAUCUCAACAUGUCCGCUCUGCUCUUGCUUCUGUAAUAAUGGGGAUGGCUCCUAUCCUUGGCAAAGAUUCAACCAUUGAGCAUCUGCUACCAAUUUUUCUUUCCCUUUUGAAAGAUGAAUUUCCUGAUGUACGGCUCAACAUCAUAAGCAAGCUAGACCAAGUCAACCAGGUUAUUGGGAUCGACCUGCUGUCACAAUCCUUGUUACCAGCGAUUGUAGAGCUUGCUGAGGAUCGUCACUGGAGAGUUCGGCUUGCUAUAAUUGAAUACGUUCCUCUGUUGGCUAGCCAGUUAGGUAUAGGGUUCUUUGAUGACAAGCUUGGAGCCCUUUGCAUGCAAUGGCUGCAAGACAAGGUCUACUCUAUCCGUGAAGCUGCAGCAAACAACCUAAAGCGCCUUGCAGAGGAGUUCGGUUCUGAAUGGGCAAUGCAGCACAUAGUUCCACAGGUACUGGACAUGGUAACCAAUCCGCACUACCUACAUAGGAUGAUGGUUCUACGAGCAAUAUCUCUCAUGGCUCCUGUAAUGGGAUCUGAAAUUACAUGCUCUAAGUUUCUUCCUGUGGUGGUUGAGGCAUCAAAAGACAGAGUUCCAAACGUCAAGUUCAAUGUUGCAAAACUUCUGCAAUCCCUCAUCCCCAUAGUCGACCAAUCAGUGGUGGAGAAAACAAUACGUCAGUGUUUGGUGGACCUGAGCGAGGACCCUGAUGUUGAUGUUCGAUAUUUUGCAAACCAAGCCCUUCGUUCCAUUGACGGUGCCGCAGUGGCACAAUCCUGAUUUUUUGUUUUUCAAAUGUAUUAGUGAUGUAUAAUCUUUAAUCCUGAAUAUUAUUUGUGUUCUUUGCAUAUUACCUUGGUUUGUUUGUGUAAAACGCCAUUUUCGAUUGCUGGCUGGCUAUGAACUGCAUUUAUAUAUUAGUGAUAUAUAAUCUUUUAAUCCUA